AUGGCGUCGCUCAUCCCACCCAAAAAGCCGCGCAAGCCGGGCAUGCCCAAGCUCACCAUCCCAGCGCGCCCCACCUCAUCCUCCUCGGCUCCCGGCGGCACACUCCAGCGCGACGAGGCGUCGUUGCAGCGUCCGCAGCUCGCCAUCCCCAACGCCGCCUCCUCCUCGGUCUCGCUCGGCCAGCCAUAUCCCGACGACGGCUACGAAGAUGGCCAUCCGGGCAUCGACACGUCCAACGCUUCCACCAUAUACCCAAGCACCGUACCGCACCUCACCAAUGCACACAUGCACACCGCCAUCACAGACGACCUCCGUCGCGCCAUCGGUGGAAUCUCCAUGGCAGACUCCGACUCGGAGCGUGUCGAUGCCAACGGACUUCGCAUCCCGGCUACCGGCGGCAACUAUGCCUCCAGCGGCUACUGGAGGUCCAACAGCGCCGCCAACAGCUCCCAAGCCGCUUCGAUCGAAUCAAGCGGCGCCGCCACAGACAGCGCCACACCAGCGUCUCAGUCGCGUUCACGCGCCGAUUCGAGCGCCUCGGUCGCUUCCAAUCGUGCCGCAAGCUCGACUGGCCACGACGACGAGCUCGUGCUGGCAGGCAACUUCGAGAUGCUCUCGAGGCUAGGCGAAGGUGCCAGCGGCGAGGUGCACAAGGUGCGCCAUCGCCCCACCGGUCUCAUCAUGGCCAAAAAGACCAUCUCCACCUCGCCCAAUCCGGCGAUCCACCGUCAGAUCCUGCGCGAGCUGGCCUUCAACCGAUCGUGCCAUUCGGACUACAUCGUACGCUACUACGGCGCCUUCCUCGAGGACCAGGACACCUCGAUCGCCAUCUGCAUGGAGUAUGCCGAGGCGGGCUCGCUCGAUGCCAUCUACAAAAAGGUCAAGAGCCGCAACGGACGCACGGGCGAAAAGGUGCUGGGCAAGGUGGCCGAGUGCGUGCUCAAGGGGCUCAGCUACCUGCACGAGCGCAAGAUCAUCCACCGCGACAUCAAGCCCAGCAACAUCGUCGUCACGCGCCAGGGCCAGAUCAAGCUGUGCGACUUUGGCGUGUCGGGCGAGCUCAUCAACUCGGUCGCCGGCACCUUCACGGGCACAAGCUACUACAUGGCGCCCGAGAGGAUCCGCGGGCUGGCGUAUACCAUCACCUCGGACGUAUGGUCGCUCGGGCUCACCAUCCUCGAGGUAGCGAGCAACCGAUUCCCGUUCCCCGCCGAGGGCGAGCCACCACUGGGGCCGAUCGACCUGCUCUCGUACGUGGUCAACAUGAAGGUGCCCGAGCUGCAGGACGACGACAAGGCGGGCGUCAAGUGGUCGCGCGCCUUGCGCGACUUUAUCGAGCGAUGCCUCGAAAAGGAGCCCACCAAGCGACCGGGCCCGCACAAGAUGAUCAGCCAUCCCUUCAUCCGCAAGUCCGAGACGCGGCAGCCACAGCCUGACAUUGCCAAGUUUGUGGCCGACGUGUACGGCUGGAGCUAUCUCCCCUCGACCAUCGCGAGCCAGCAGCAGCAGCCAGCAGAACAGCAGUCGCACGACACCCCAACGCAGUCGACGGCAUCGAGCGCGACGCUGGGCAGGAUUCCCAGCGUACGCUCGGCACCCAUCGCUUCGGCGACAGCACUUCAUCGCGUCUCGUCGCACGCCAAGCAGCCACAACCCACGACCGAUGCCACUGCUGCCGAAGCGCCACUGGGCUCGUCGAGCUCGACGCGGCCGCGCGCGCCCAAAAUCUCGAUCUCGGUCAACGCAGGACGCUCAUUGCAGCACGAAACGACUUCGUUGGCGACAAGCGAUGCAAGACCACUGCAGGAUGGCAUUCUCGGCGCUGGCGUCUUGGGUGGCAGGACGAGAUCCGACAGCCAGCAUCGCAGUCACGAAGAAAGGCUCGCAGCGAGGCUACGCGAAGCCGACGUGGGCCUCAUCGGAAGCCCCACCGAUGCAGAGGGCGCCAACAUGUAA